AUGCCACGCGAGACUGAGUCCGUCGACGCAAUACUGUUGAGCUUUUUCGAUGGCAUUGGCACGGCUGCGUUGGUUUUCCAGCAGAUCCUUGAGGAGAAAUCCUGGAAGGGGCACAUGAUAUUGUGGGAGUCUGACGAGGACCUAGCAGCGUUGACAAAGGAGCACUUUCCGAAGGCAGAUCACAGGGGUGAUGUUGACAACGAGCGUGUUGCGGAUCUGAUUGAGCGCUUGGACGCUAUCGACCCGGGACGCAAGGCUACUGUCAUCAUCGCGGGCGGUCCUCCCUGCCAUGAUUAUAGUAGGAUUCGUUCUUCCGCUCCAGGUGCUCAGGGUUUGGAAGGCUCGAAAUUCGUUCGCUUUGCCGAGCUGGUCAAAGAGCUGGAGAGGAGUUGGGGAAGGCCCCAAGCAGUGUUGAUCGUGGAAAAUGUCCUCCCGCAGAACAAGGCCGACAUCAGGGCGUUCGAGAAGGCUUUGGCCGCGCAGGCAGUGAUGCACGACUCUAGCGACUUCGGGAUCAUUUCGCGACCAAGAGUGUGGUGGACACGCGUUCCGUGGCAGCAAGUCAGUCAUCGCUCUGAUUGCCCUGCCAAACUGCGUUGGUCAACGCACCAGGGAGUUCCUCGCGUCACCUUUGCAGUCCAUCCGGACAAGAUUGAUGAUUUCGACUUGGGGGGCCUGAAGUGGCCUAGCGUCUUGCUGGACCGCGUUGGUGUGUUGCCUUGUUUGACAACGCCGUCCGAGAGCCCAGAAGGUCGGCCUGCGCCGCGAAGCAGCAAAGGCAAGGUCGAUAGCCAAACUCAGGCACGUUGGCUACAAGACAAUCGCAGUUAUGCUCCCUGGCAUUACCAGGAUAAAAACAUGUUCACGGACAAGUCGGGUGCCUUUCGUCUAGCCACAGCGGAAGUGAAGGAGCAGUUGCACCAUCUUCCGUGCGGUUGGACAAGAAAGCUGCGCGACAAGGCCCGCCACCGCGCGCUUGCGAACGGCUGGCAUCUGCGAGCGGCCAAGUUGUUCUUUCUCUUCGGCUUGUUGUCAACCGAGGCUGGGGCAUUGCAUCCACAACCAAAACCAUUGGGAUGCGAUGCCAUUGAGUGCAUGGUGCGUAUUUGGGAGUCGGCGCCGCUCCUCAACGGUCCAGGUGUUCCUACGUUGGCUGAUGCGGAUGAUCUCUCUGACAUCGUUGACCCGUAUGAGCAUUGGGCAGCUUCUCAGCAGGCUUCUGCAAUGGGGCUCCCUGUGUGGCGACACUUCCGCAACGUGUUGCCUGAGAUGCGACGGGCAGUGACCCGGGCCGUGGAAGAGCUCGUUGCGGACCGGGAGGAAGAGACAGCGGCGUGGUUCCGACAGUGUCCUCCGCACAUUCAGAAGGCAUAUUACUCUCAGUCAGGUAGGGCUUCUGUGCAAGUACCAGUGAUUCGGGAACUUGCUACGCGCCUUGGUUGGAAAGACAUGACUAUCUUCGAAGAAAUGGAGCGCGGCUUCCCCAUGUUGGGCAUGUUGGUUGGAGGCUGCGUCAUGACGGGCGAUUUCUUCCAGGAGAACUUUGCCUUCGUAACCUCCCGCUUACGAAGGGCGCGCGUCGACAAGGACUGGGAGGCCAUGGCCGACGAGAUCGCAGCGGAUGUGAAGUGCGGUCGCAUGGAGGGGCCAUUUGCCAUGCCUGAGUGUUGGGGCGUUAAGGGUGUCGCCUUGUCAAAGUACGAGCACACAGCAGCCUUGCUUUCUGGUCCUCAAGAGCAUGUCCCCUGUUGCUUUGCGUUUGCCGUGCAUCAGAUUGGUUCGGAUGGGCAGCCCAAAGUGCGCCGAGCCGAAGACUGGCGUAGCUCGGGGGCGAAUGCGACCGUGGGGGUGCCGGAUUCACCGGCGUACCGUGAUAUCACCGCGUUUGUGGAGCUGGCCAGAGCGAUCAGGAAGAAUAACAGCCCAGCAGAUGGCGCAGUGCAGCUGUGGGGUGUGGACCACGAGGCGGCGUACAGACAGUUUCCAGUAAGCGAGCCGAAUCACACGUGGGUCAUCCUUUCUACGCCUUCGGGCCCAACUCUGUGGAAGCACAAUGUGCUUAUGUUUGGGAGCACAGCGUCAGUGUGGAGCUACUGCAGAAUAGCGGACUUGCUGGCGUGGCUAUCAAGGGCUCUGCUAUUGGUGCCACUCUUGCAUUUCGUGGAUGAUUUUGGAUCCGACGAGCCGGCUGACACGGUCAUUUCGGCCUAUGAGGAGACGCUUGCAACUUGUCGAGCGCUGGGCUUCAAGUUCAAAGAGGCCAAGGCCCAGCCGCCUGCAAAACGGCAUAAGCUCCUCGGCGUUUCAGCUGCUUUCGAAAACGACAGGGCUGUGAUCGAAUGUGCCGAUGACCGGAGACAACGGCUGGACUCGAUGUUGCUCCAGAUCCUCCUCGAGGACCAGCUCAAGCCUCGCGAGGCCUCUGCCAUAGCGGGAAAGCUUCCGUUCAUUGCGCAGUCCAUGUUUGGCAAAGCGAGCAUGGCAGCGAUUCGUCCAUUCCACCAGAGAGCUCAGGCGUCUGCUUUCAGAACCCAACAGCAAGGUUGGAAAUUAAACUCGGCACUAAGGUCAGCGAUUGCGUACCUCAGGUAUCGGUUAGCGCACGGUGAGCCGCGGAUCGUCCAGUUUGAUGUGCGGCACAGAUCGGUGAUCUACGCGGAUGCCUUCUUCAACCUCCAUGGCAAGAGCUACAAAGUGUCGGAGGCUGACAACAUCCCAGACUGGGGACGGGAGUGCCCGGCUUCCUUCUUGAACGGCGUGGGCUUCGUUGUUUGUCUUGGUGAUGUGACCCUUUAUGCGUAUGGCAUCGUCCCCUAUUGGUUUGUAAGAUACUUCACGAGUCGGCGAGCCUUUAUCUAUAUGUUGGAGAUUUUGGGACAAGUGUUGCCGCUCAUCGCCUUAGAGUCGCGACUGCACCGGCACUGCGUGUUGUUCGUGGACAAUGAGCCAGCAAAGCAGGCUCUCAUGAAAGGCUACGGGAAAGACGAUUGCAUCAACCGGCUUGUGCAGACCGCGUGGGUCUUCAUCGAGAAGAAGAAACUCCAGCCCGAGUGGCAACGAGUGUGCAGCUCUGCAAAUGUUUCCGACUCCGUCAGCAGAGGCAACUUUGACUUGGCGGAAAGCAUGGGUUGGAAGCGCUUCCACUUCAACUGGGAGGAGACGUUGCAGCAGCUGUUGGAUGAGUGUCUGCAGGGCCCGCUGAGAUAG